CACGGGCCCCAACAGCUCCUCCCCUGUCCUUUGUCUUCUGUCCCAGGUAAACAGGUGGCUGGGGCACUCUUUCUUCCCUCCUUUGUUCCCCUCUGGCUGGAACUGGCUGGUCAGGUCACCCCGGGUCCUCUCUCCUCAGCCCAUUGUCCUUCCACUGGCCAGAACCAGCUGACUGCCAAGCUGGGGUGGGCCUCUUAGUCACCAGUUGUUAGGGUUCCCCAUCUCCAGGUCAUUGUCUGGGGGUCCCAGCUGCUAGGCGAGGUCGUACCUGGUCCUCUGCAACUACAACUCUCUCCCACCACCUUGUUAAACAUGCAGCACACAGGGAAACUGAGGCACGCACACGCUAUUCAUGUAAAACACUACAAAAAUCUCCAACUUCGUCACAGCCUCCCCGGCCAGGCGCUGAACAGACAUGGAGUGAGAGAGACUCCCUGCCCCACAGAGCUCACAAGGGGGAGGGGAAACUGAGGCACUGAACAGGGAAGUGACAUGCCCAUGGGCACCCAGCAGGCCAGUGGCAGAGCUGGGAACGGAGCUGGUCCUGAGUCCCAGCCCUCAUGGCCUCCCACUAGGACACGGUGCCUCUGUAACUAUACAGCCAUGUCAGGGCGGUGGGGCCCUGGGGAGGGGUCUGGGUCCCAGCCGUGGGGGAGGCCAGUCCAGCCCACAGCAGCCAGGAGAGACCCCCGUAUUUCUAGUGGCCUGAGGCCUGUGAGUCAGGAUGGGCUCCCAGCCCCAGAUGGUUUAAUAGGAGGAUCUGUGCCCCACUUCUCUGCGCUUCCUAUCCCACACUCCUCCAUCCUGCCUCUCCCCACCCUCACCCCAGCUCCGCCUCCCCGCCUCUCCCCUCCCCUCCCCCACUCUCCCAGCCCUCUCUGCUUACAGCUCCUUUUGGGCUGGAGCUGAGCCGAGCAGCUCACCCGCCCCAGACCCCAGGCUGCCAAGGCCCAGCCAGCUGGGGUGCAAGGGCAGGAGCCUCCGGCUGCCCUAACUCAUGCCCUGGCCUGGGUUUUGCUGUGGCUGGCAAACGGAGCAAAGGGAUGUCCUGCCCUGCUGCCUCUUCCCAGCUGGCCCAGCCCAGAAGCCAAGGAUCUAGGCCAGGACCGUGCUCCGGGACCCGACCCCCUCCCCGAGACCUGGCCCUCCCCCUUCCUGAGAUGAUGGCGAACAUCACUGAGGAUAACUUCUCGUGCUACGAGGCAUCCAUCGUGGGGUACCGCUACGUGGCCGUGAGCUGGGGCGUGGUGGUCACCGUGGUGGGCACGCUGGGCAACGUGCUGACCCUCCUGGCCUUCGCAGCCGACGCCAAGGUGCAGACCCGCUUCAACCUGCUUAUCGUCAACCUAACGCUGGCCGACCUGCUGUACUGCGCCGUGCUGCAGCCCUUCUCCGUGGACUCCUACCUGCACCUGCACUGGCGGGCCGGCCCCAGCUUCUGCCGCGUCUUCGGCAUGCUGCUCUUCGUCUCCAACUCGGUCUCCAUCCUGACGCUCUGCCUCAUCGCCGUCAGCCGCUACAUGCUCAUCGCCAACCCGGCCCUCUUCAACCGGGUCUUCUCCCGCCUGGGCGUGGGGCUCGUGGCCCUGGGCACCUGGGUCCUCGGCUUCGCCAGCUUCGCCCCGCUCUGGCCCGUCUUCGUGCUGGUUCCCAAGGUUUGCACCUGCAGCUUCCACCGCAUCAGGGGCCGGCCCUACACCACUAUCCUGAUGGCCUUCUACUUUGUGGUGGGCCUCAGCUGCGUGGGCAUCUUCUACUUCCUCAUCCACCGCAAGGUGAAGGUGGCGUCCCAUGCCAUGGACCACUACAAGCUGAAGAAGGCCAGCGUGAAGGGGGCUUAUGUCGCUGGGGCCAGCUCGGCCACGCCGGGCCAGUCUGUGGAGCUGGACAGCGGCGUGGACACGGGCGUCUCCCAGUCCUCCAGCAUCUCGGAGCAGGGCCACGCCUCCAAGACGCUGGUCACGGAAAAUGGCCCAGCCCCAGCCCCCACCCCAGCCCCUGUCCCCGCCCCCGCGGCUCAGGCCCCGGCGGUGCCCAAAAGCCUGCCCUCCCAGCCCAAGGACAGCAACAAGGAGUUCCGGAAGGUCACCCGCAUGUGCUUCGUGGUCUUCCUCUUCUUCGUCCUCAGCUACAUCCCCUUCCUCCUCCUCAACAUCUUUGACGCCAAGAACCGGGCGCCCACGGCGCUGCACAUGGUGGCUGCCAACCUGACCUGGCUGAACAGCUGCAUCAACCCGGUGCUGUACGCCGCCAUGAACCGCCAGUUCCGUGAGGCCUACACGCGUGUGCUCUCCACCAUCUCGCGCCGCCUCCGGUGCCUCUGAGGGCUGGGGUGACAGGGGGCUGGGCUGCCCCAGAUCAGGGAGCUGCCUUGGUGCUGCCCUGCCCCUAGGGGGACCCCAUAUCCUGUCUUGCCCCAGGGGAGGACGUUGGACUCAAGCACGGACUCAUGCCGGACGCGAGCUGUGCCCUUGGCUUUGCCCUGCCCCGGUGCCUCCUGCUGGUGGCAAGAGGAACUGCCCUGUCUCUGGGGGGGCCCGCGUGGGCCGCCAGUGAUAGGCUCUGCGCUGCCUUAGCAGAGUGCCAGUGUGGACUGUCCCUUUACCCACCAUCCUUGGCCUAGUGAGGUGGCGGAGGCCAGCUGGGCCCUGCCUUCACAGCUCUAUUUAUUGUCUGUUCCUGAUUUACACCUUGUCAUUUUUCUAUCACUGCCUCAAUAAACGGAUCCCUGUGUAUCUAGUA